GCUCGACGGUGGUGACGUAGCAAUAAAUUCUGAAGGUGUCUAGAUGAUUAUCUUGUAAGUUGAAGUGUUCAGUUGACACAAUGAAGACUAGUUGAGGUCGACACAAUGUUAGUUGUCAGUCGAGGCCAAGCUAAAGCGUCUAUCUAUGUUAAUGAACGUGAAAAGAGGUGAAGCAACAGUUAAAAUGAGAUGAUCAGAGAAAUGGAGAAUGAUAAAGUGAUUCUACUAGACUUCUGGGCUAGCAUGGUUGGGUUGAGGGUUCGAGUCGCGCUGGCUGAGAAGAAGAUCGAAUACGAGUACAUAGAAGAAGACUCAGCUAGCAAUGUCCCAAGUCCUUUGCUUAUGAAGAUGAAUCCAAUACACAAGAAGAUCCCGGUAUUGAUUCACAAUGGACGACCUGUUUGUGACUCUCUCGUUGCGCUCGAGUACAUUGAUGAGGUAUGGAAGGAUGACAAAGCGCGGUUGCUACCCUCCGAUCCAUAUGAGAGAGCGAACGCUAGGUUCUGGGCCGAUUACAUUGACAAGUUGUAUGAAAAUUAUGGGCGAAAAAUAUGGAUGACCAAAGGCGAAACGCAGGAGGGAGCUAAGAAGGGCUUGAUAGAUUCACUCAAGUUACUGGAAGGAGCUGCAUUGGGAGAUAAGCCUUAUUUCGGAGGGGAAAGUUUUGGUUUCGCGGAUAUUGCCCUGAUUGGAAUCUACAGUUGGUUCUACGCGUUGGAGAUCUUUGGCAACUUCAGCGUAGCAGCUGAAUGCCCCAAGCUAGCUGCUUGGGGCGAGAGGUGCAGGCAGAGGGCGAGCGUCGCUAAGUCUCUGCCUGAACCUCAUAAGAUCUAUGAGAUGAUACUCCAUCUUAAAAAGACUUACGGACUGUAAAAUAGACAUAUACUUGUUAGUGUUUCCUCGUCGAGUAGGACAUAAACAUGCCCUUUAACUUGGCCUCAAAUCACAUCUAUGACCUCUAACUUUGAGUGUGCACAAGUGGACACUUAAACUUGUAUAAAGUUGAACAAGUAGACGCAUACGUCCUAUGUGGCAUAAUACAUGUAGGACAAGAAUUGACCAUGUAGGACGCCACAUAUAGGAUGUGUGUGUCUACUUGUGCACAUCUAAAGUUGGAGGUCAUGAUGUGAUCUGAGACCAAGUUAAAAGGGCAUGUUUAUGUAUACCUUCUAGGAAUCAAAACGAUUAAGUAAUGUCUAAUGUUAUUCUCAUGACGCUUAUUUAUUAAUGUAUUUCCUUUUUAAACCUGCUUUACUUGAGACGAGGAUCUAUAAUAAACAGUUUCUCUACCUUCACAACUUCACAAGGUAGGUGGUAA